AUGGACGCCGCCCGGCCUCGCCUCUCGCCACCCGCCGACCGCUUCCUCGACCUCUUCUCUUCCCCGUCGCCGUCCACAUACCUCUCCUCCUCCCCAUCUGCGGGCGACGAGCUCCUCGAGGGCGACCUCCUCUUCCCAGCUCCUUCCUCGGACCCACCGCCCCAUGCCUCCAAGAACCCGGGUCGCGUUCCGCACGGCCACCUCGGCCUCCUCGCCGCGCUCCACGACGGGGACAGAAAGCUCCUAGGCCGCGGUGGAAGGGGAGGCUCGGCGGCGGUGGCUGCGGCUGCGGCAACAGCAACCACCACGGCGGCCACCGCCGGGACCCUCCUCCGUCGCAAGGCGACCAUCGCAGCCGCCGUCGCCGCCGCGGAAUCUUCCACACCUUCCCUCUCGCCGCGGUCUGCCACGCGCGCCAUCCCGGCGGCGCCCAGACCCAGGAACCCCGAGCAGCCGCCCCUGGCGCCGUACCACCAGUCGGCCCCAGUCAAGGUGCCCGUCCGGCCGCCGCCCCGGAGGCGCGGGUGGGACGAGCUCGACGGCCAGCCAGACAACGAGGAGGAGGAUCUCGUACGCGGGGACGCCGCCAUGCUGCCGCCGCACGAGAUGGUGGCGCGCGCGUCCGCCGCCGGCAGCUUUGGCGCGGCAGCAAAUCCUUCCUCGAUGCUCGAAGGCGCCGGCCGCACGCUCAAGGGGCGCGAUCUCCGGCGCGUGCGCGACGCCGUGUUCUGGCAAACUGGCUUUCUUGACUAGAUCCGGCAAAGGUGGUGAUGCAUGAUCUGAGCCGUAGUUUUGGUCAUGGGUCAUCAUCACGGUAUGAUUCUACAGUGUGUAAUCCGGCUUCAGUUUUGAUAAGGGAGGGCCGUUUGCAGUUCA